AUGGCGUCCCGGAGAUUAGCUCUUAACCUUGCGCAAGGCCUGCGAGGCCGUGCAGGUCGCUCUGCUGCUGGUCUUACCCGGGGCUUCGCGACGCCAGUCUCGGCUCCUGUCAAGACCCAGACCACAACACUCAAGAAUGGCCUGACGGUCGCUACCCAGUACUCGCCGUACGCCCAGACGUCGACUGUCGGCAUGUGGAUCGAUGCCGGCUCUCGUGCUGAGACCGCCGAGACCAACGGCACCGCGCACUUCCUCGAGCACCUGGCCUUCAAGGGAACGGCCAACAGGACGCAGCAGCAACUCGAGCUGGAGAUCGAGAACAUGGGUGCUCACCUGAACGCCUACACUUCGCGCGAGAACACCGUCUACUUUGCGAAGUCUCUCAACGAGGAUGUCCCCCAGUGCGUUGACAUCCUGUCCGACAUUCUCCAAAACUCCAAGCUCGAGGAGUCCGCCAUCGAGCGUGAGCGCGAUGUUAUCCUCCGGGAAUCCGAGGAGGUCGAGAAGCAGGUUGAGGAAGUCGUGUUCGACCACCUCCACGCCACCGCCUACCAGCAACAGCCCCUGGGACGCACCAUCCUGGGCCCCCGCGAGAACAUCCGUGACAUCACCCGCACCGAGCUUUCCAACUACAUCAAGCAAAACUACACUGCUGACCGCAUGGUCCUUGUCGGUGCCGGCGGUGUCCCCCACGAGAAGCUGGUCGAGAUGGCCGACAAGUACUUCACCAAGCUGCCUGCCAAGUCUCCCGAGACUGGUGCCUAUAUCCUGUCCAAGAGGAAGCCCGACUUCAUCGGCUCCGAUGUCCGUGUCCGCGACGACACCAUGCCCACCGCCAACAUCGCCAUCGCUGUUGAGGGUGUGAGCUGGAACGAUGAGGACUACUUCACUGCUCUCGUCACCCAGGCCAUUGUCGGCAACUACGACAAGGCUCUCGGCAACGCUCCCCACCAGGGUAGCAAGCUGAGCGGUUUUGUCCACAACAACGACCUGGCCACUAGCUUCAUGAGCUUCUCCACGAGCUACAGUGAUACUGGACUCUGGGGUAUCUACCUGGUCACCGACAAGCUGACCCGCGUUGACGACCUCGUUCACUUCACCCUCCGUGAGUGGUCUCGCCUGUCCAACAGCGUAACUGAGGCCGAGGUCGAGCGUGCCAAGGCUCAGCUCAAGGCUUCCAUUCUGCUUUCUCUCGACGGCACCACCGCCGUUGCCGAGGACAUCGGUCGCCAGAUCGUCACUACCGGCCGUCGGGCAAGCCCCGGUGAGAUUGAGCGCAUCAUCGACUCCGUUACCGAGAAGGACGUUAUGGACUUUGCCAACCGCAAGCUCUGGGAUCAGGACAUCGCCAUCAGCGCUGUGGGCAGUAUCGAGGGUCUGUUCGACUACGGCAGAAUUCGUGCCGAUAUGAGCCGCAACUUCUAA